AUCAGUCACUGUUUCUAGGGCGCAGCAAAGGCAGAUCCAUUGUGGAGGUACUCGAGAUGAGUAGAAGCAGUGAUGUGGGAGCUCGAUCUCCUCCUCUUCCCUUCAAUCCAUACCAGCAGCAGCAGCAGCGCUAUCCCCCAAUGGCGCCACCAGCUGCUGAUUUCCCACCACCUCAAUUCUUUGCCAGGCCGCCGCUCUCCAAUCCUCCUCUAGAUCCUACUCCGCCGCCACCACCACCACAGCAGCUCUAUUCCAGGCCGCCAUCCUCGAUGCUCUCCACUCCACCUCCUCCGAUCCCAUCCAAGGCACCGCCCUUCGCAUCGCCUCCUCCAUUUGCAGCGCCCCACCAAUUCCAAGGACUCCAAGGACCUCCUCCUUCUCAUCCUCCUCCUCCUCCUCCCCAGGCUCCCUACUUUGGUGGAUCACCAGCGUACCAGCAGCAGCAGCAGCAGCCAUUGCCACCGCCAUCCCAGGGAUACUUCGCAGGGAUAGCGCCACCACUUCCUGGCGUUGCUGCUCCUCCAGGCCAUGACAUUGCCGACGAGUUCGAGUCUCUAUCCAUCUCAUCAGCUCCUGGAACUGCUGCCGACGUCAAAGUAGAAGCGCUUCCCAGGCCUCCUCCGGAUUCGUGUGACACCUUUGCGCAACCGGCUUGGUCGAAUUGUCACCCGAGGUACUUUGAGCUCACCACCAACGCCAUCCCGGCAUCACACUCGCUUGCUGCUCGCUGGCACCUUCCCCUGGGAGCUGUGAUUCAUCCACUCGCCGAGGCACCUCCCGAGGAACAAGUGCCCGUCGUUGAUUUUGGAACGUCUGGUAUUGUGAGGUGCCGCAGGUGCCGGACUUACAUCAACCCGUAUGACAAGUUUACUGAUGGCGGCAAGUAUUUCCGCUGUGCGAUAUGCAACCUUCUCAACGACGUGCCCAUGGACUACGUGUGUGCCCUGGAUGAACAAGGAAAAAGGAGGGAUGCUAUGGAUCGGCCAGAGCUCAGUCAGGGCAGUGUUGACUUCGUUGCCCCGAUGGAGUAUAUGGUCCGUCCACCAAUGCCCCCGGUCUACUUUUUCCUGAUUGAUGUGUCGGUCGCGGCAGUGAGAUCGGGCAUUCUACAGAUCGCUGCCGAUACAAUCAAAUCUUGUCUUGACAAGCUUCCAGGCUACCCGAGGACUCAAAUAGGCUUUUUGACGUUCGAUAGUACUCUUCAUUUCUACAGUCUCAAGUCUUCGCUUACUCAACCUCAAAUGGUGGUUUUGGCACAAGUGGACGACCCGUUUUUACCAAUGCCCGACGACCUUCUCGUCAACUUAUCUGAAUCUCGCCUUGUAGUUGAAGCUCUGCUGGAUAGUUUGCCAUCUAUUUUUGCCAACAAUGAAAACGUGGAGUCUGCCCUUGGUCCUGCUCUGGAGGCUACCACAUCGAUAAUGAGUGAAAUUGGAGGAAAGCUGCUUAUCUUUCAGAGCACGCUGCCCUCUCUUGGCGUUGGCCGCCUAAAGCUCAGAGGACAAGAAGCUCAUGUCUAUCAAACGGACCGCGAGCCCGCUUUGCGGGUGGCAGAGGACUCGUUUUACAAGCAAAUGGCGGCCAAGUGCUCCAAGCUGCAAAUCGGUGUGAAUGUGUAUGCAUUCUCGGAGAAGUACACCGAUGUGGCGUCCUUGGGUACUCUUGCAAAGUACACCGGCGGUCAGGUUUGCUAUUACCCGGGAUUCCACGCAGCCGUCGACGGAGAGAAGCUGACGUACGAUCUCUCAAGGGACUUGACGAGAGAAACGGCUUGGGAAGCCGUGAUGCGGAUUCGUUGUGGAAAAGGAAUAAAGUAUUCCGUGUUUCAUGGCCACUUCAUGCUCCGGAGCUCCGACUUGCUAGCUCUUCCGGCCGUGGACUGUGACAAGGCCUUCUCGGUGCAGUUUGCUUUGGAAGACACUUUGCUGACGUCCCAGCUGGCAUACUUUCAAGUCGCUCUGCUGUACACGUCGUCCUCGGGAGAACGGCGAAUAAGAGUGCACACGGCUGCCGUUCCAAUUGUGCAGGAGCUGAGCGUCAUGUAUAAAGAGGCGAACAUUGGUGCUGUUGUUGGGGUGCUCAGCAGACUUGCCGUGGAGAAAUCACUGAAUGAUAAGCUGGAGAAUGCUCGGCAAUACGUGCAUGUAAAGAUGGUGAAUGCGCUGCGGGAGUACAAGAACAUGUAUGCGGUGAAGCAUUCACUCAUUGGCCGCAUCAUCUUCCCCGAGUCACUCAAGCUACUGCCUCUCUACGUGCUGGCCUUGUCCAAGUCCUUGCCUUUGCGAGGUGGAUUCAUGGAUGCUACACCUGACGAGCGCUCCGCUGCUGGAUACCAGAUGAUGACAAUGUCCCGACCCUCCCUCUUGAAACUUCUCUACCCCGCGCUGAUUCGGCUCGACGAGUAUCUCCUACAGGUAAUGAGUUGCGUUGAUUGGAUCGCCAAGAAUGAGACAAUUGUUUAUGCGCAGGGAAGCCGAGGUGGAGGUGUGGACAGUCCACCGCAGCUGCCACUGACGGCCGAAGUUUUGGAUCCCCGCGGUGCGUUCGUCACCUCGGACGGCCAGCGCUUUGUACUGUGGCUGGGAAACGUGCUCCAACCCGAGUUCGUUGCUGCGAUCCUUGGGCCGCAGGUAGCUCACAGCUCCGACCUGAGAAAGGUCCCGGUUGUGGAGCAAGACAACGACUUGUCGAAACGCUUCCAUGCGCUGCUUGCAAAGUUGCGCAAGCAAAACCGGUGGUGCCACCAACAGUGCGUGGUGGUGCGGCAGGGGGAGUCGGGCCGGGAGCUCCAGCUCGUUCACUCCAACAUGGUGGAGGACCGUGGCGCUGGAUUUCCUUCCUACAUGGAGUGGAUGGUCCAGAUCCACAGGCAAGUCCAGCAGAAGAUCUAAAGUAACAAAACACUAAGUUAAAAGC